AUGAGCAAAAAAUCAGAAGACACAUCUUCUGUUAGCCCUAUGGCUACUGGUGUGGAUCCAAGUAUUCGGGCCAUACUAGACGCUAUGCAGAAGCAGAACGAAAUCAAGUUAAGAAAACUGUUAAAGGAGACUAUUAAAGCAGCGACUAGUCGGAGUUAUCAGGGGGCGCAUGAUCCAAAAUUAAAUAAUAAAAUAAAAGGUUUUGUUACUGAAAAGUUAGAGAGAUUUCAUGACAACAAAAGCAUUGCCUGUGCAGAGUGCAGUGUAUCAAUGUGCACUAAAAAUGCAAGCAACGUGACGAUUACUUUUAGAACACCACAAGCACCACGAAAACACAAUCAAGACCAAACAAGAUCAAGUUCAAAAGUGAAGUUACGUGAGCUUAUUACUGCUAACGACCAAAAAUUGAAUUACGAUCCCGAGCAUCAACUCGCUGAUCUUCAAGUAGAAUGUUCCGACAAAGACAGGACGACACAAGAGCUCGAGAAGCACAUAGAGGACAUGAAGGAGGAAGUGCAAAAAUUAGAAUUACAACACGACGAGGUAGAAAUUGAAGGUAAAGUAAAAGAUAUGAACGAACAAAAUAAUUUUCUUAGAAAAGAACUGGAAAACGUCCAAAAACUUUCCAAAGAUGAAGAAUUAGGUGAUAUAAUAAAACUUCAUGAUGAAGAAAAAUAUAAACUGAUACAGCAUUGGUGUUCUGUAGAAUGUCAAACUGCCAUAAAGGGUUACAUUGAUGGAAAAGUGCAUAAGGAAAGUAGUGAGACAGAGAGCAUAAAGAACGCUGCGAUUAAUGAAGUAGAACAAGAAAUAAUAAAUAAGGACCCACAAAUUGAUGAUCAAUUGAGUGCCCAGCAACAUGAGGAUGAUCUUAAGCAACUGGUUGGAUUUAAGAAGCAAUUGGAGAAGAAAUUAGCUGAUGCUUACGAAGAGGUCGAGGAACAACGUCAGGUUGUUGGACAAUGGAAACGACGCGUGCAAAGUCUGAAUGGCGAGAUGCACGACUUGAGACUACUGUUGGAAGAACAAACAGCUAGGAAUAAUCUUCUGGAAAAGAAACAGCGCAAAUUUGAUUCAGAAACUCAGAAUCUAAUGAACGAUCUGCGGCAAGAGAAAGCGCAACGUAAAAGAUUAGCUAGAGAAAAAGAAAUCGCGAUCGCGGAGUAG